UAUGCUCAAAACAAGAUGGCGUUCUUGACUUUUUGAGUGCUUCGGACAUUGAAUUUUCAUUGGACGCUCGGAUUUCUCAUGUUUGUGUUUUAUUUUACAAAACGUAAUUUUUAUUUUGUAAAUUAUUUUAAAUUCCUUUUAUUAUUACUAUUAGUUUGUGCAGUGUUUAUGUUUAGAGUGGUUGACUUGCACAAUGAGCAAUUACGAUGACGAUCAAAGUGAAGAUGGAGAGCUAGCACGCAGUCCUGUUCAAGACGAAAUGGAUUUCAGUUUAUCAGAUGAGGACCGCGAUAAUGCUGAUUCCUUAGUUAUAAAGCCACCACAGGCUGUGAUUCGUUCAUCACAUCGAGACAAACGGAGUCACAAAAGAGCUGGUAAAGAGAGAUUCAAAGAAGUAUCCCGGAAAGAAAAGAAACAUCUUUACAGGGAACGUGACAAACCAGAGAAAUCAAAAAGAGAACUAAGUAAAACUACUGACCGUGAAGAAAUGACCAAAGAAUAUUACAGAGAAAAGCAAUACUAUAGGGAAAAGGAGGCUUAUAGGGAAAAAGACCCCUAUCGGGAAAAAGAUGCAUACAAUAGGGAUCGAGAGUUGUACAGGGAGAAAGAAGCAUAUAGAGACAAAGAAAUUUAUCGUGAAAAAGAAGCAUACAGGGACAAGGAAGCUUAUCGGGAUAAGGAGGUUUAUCGAGAAAAGGAAAUUUUUAGGGAUAAGGAUAUCAGAGAAAAGGAAUUGUACAGAGAACGGGAAGUAAGAGAUAAAGAUAUGUACAGAGACAAAGACCCUUAUAGAGAAAGAGAUCAUUACAAGGAAAGAGAAGCUUAUAGGGAUCCUUCUGGGAGAGAUGCAGUACGACCUCGUGAAGCAUACAGGGACAAAGAGUCUUAUAAGGAGAAAGAUGUACCACGGGAACGUGAUGUGUACUUAAAUCGUGAACGUCAAUAUAAAUAUUCAGAUAGUGAUAGAAAAGGAGUUGAAAAUAAUAGAAUUGAGUCAAGAUUAAGAUUAUUGGCUGAAGAAGGGCACGGUAAUCAUAACAAUGAAAAAGAAAAUAGGGAUAGAACUUCUGGAGAUAAGGAAUUGGAAGACCUAAGGUCUAGAUUACUGAGCAAAAGAAUAUCGAAGGAACUUCAAGGUCAAGACUCUAAGAGAUCAUCUGACUAUUCUGAAAAAGAGAUGAGAUCGGAUCGCCAUGUCACUUUGGAUAAACACCAGCAGGAAAGAAGGAAAAAAUUGCUUGAAGCAGAACGGGAAAUGGAAAAAAGGAAACAUGAAUCACGCACUGAGCUGGAAGCUAGACGCGAAGAACGCCGCCGCCGUGGAAAGAAGCGAUCAGUAUCACCGGAAGAGGUGUCCAGUAAAAAGUCAAAGACCAAUCAUUCCCCUGCAUACGGAGACUCAGUUGUUACUGUCUCUGAUGCCAGUGAUGUUGAGAUGAAAAGCAAUUCUCCACAUUCCGAACCUGAAGAUGGCGAACAUUCCAACAGUGAAACCGAUGAUGACAGUUCUAGUACAGACUCGGAUUCUGAUGCUGCCUCAAAGUCUGAGGAUGAUGAGGAAGACAAUAAUAAAGAGGAUAUUAAAUCAGACAAGGAAGAAUUAAAGGAGAAAGUUCCUGAAAAAGCUCGCCCAAAGUCUAGAUCGAAAUCACAUACUCCUAAUUCAGAUAAUAGAACUCCAUCAUCUCAUGGAUCAAGAAGGUCACUUUCUAGAUCCAAAAGUAGGAGUAGAUCACAUUCUUUUUCUCCGCCACCUCCAGGAGAAAAUGGCAAACCAGCUCCCGAAGAAGAGAAACCCAAAGUGGAUGAUGAAGAAGCUAAAAAGAGAGAGGAAGCUAUUAGUGCUUUGCCCCCUUAUUAUCCCGCUCUCCAGGGUUGUCGGUCAGUAGAGGAGUUUCAAUGUCUGAACAGAAUAGAAGAAGGCACAUACGGCGUUGUUUACAGAGCUCGUGACAAAACUUCCGAUGAAAUUGUCGCUCUUAAACGUCUCAAAAUGGAAAAGGAAAAGGAGGGAUUCCCGAUCACGUCACUGAGGGAAAUUAAUACACUGUUAAAGGGCCAGCACCCGAACAUCGUCACGGUGCGCGAGAUCGUGGUCGGCUCCAACAUGGACAAGAUAUUCAUCGUCAUGGACUACGUGGAGCACGACUUGAAGAGCCUUAUGGUGACUAUGAAGGCGAAGAAGCAGGUGUUCCUUCCAGGAGAAGUGAAAUGCUUGAUGACACAACUACUAAGUGCUGUUCAUCAUCUUCAUGACAACUGGAUUUUACACAGAGAUCUUAAAACGAGCAAUCUUCUGUUAUCACACAAAGGCGUAUUGAAGGUGGGAGAUUUUGGUCUUGCGAGAGAAUACGGGUCCCCUUUGCGUCAAUACACGCCAGUCGUAGUGACUCUGUGGUACAGGUCACCAGAACUGCUGCUCUAUGGAAAGGAAUACUCUACGCCCAUCGAUAUGUGGAGCGUGGGAUGCAUUUUUGGAGAAUUCGUCUCUAUGAACCCGUUGUUCCCGGGCAGGUCUGAGGUAGACCAGCUGAAUAGGAUAUUUAAGGAUCUCGGGACGCCAUCGGACGCGGUGUGGCCGGGCUACAGCGAGCUGCCGCCGGUGCAGAAGAUGACGUUCGCGGAGCACCCGGCCGGCGGGCUGCGCCAGCGCAUCGGGCCCGACCUGCUGUCCGAGGCCGGCCUGGCGCUGCUGCAGGGCUUCCUCACCUACAACCCCGCCAAGCGGCUCACGGCCGACGCCGCGCUGGACCAUCCUUACUUUAAGGAGCAACCGGUGGCGAUAGACCCGGCGAUGUUCCCGACGUGGCCGGCGAAGUCGGAGGGCAACCGGCGCGCCACGCACAGCCCGCGCCCGCCGGCCGGCGGCGCCGCCUACGAGCAGUUCGCGCGCUCCGACUCCGACGACGCGCUCGGCUUCCACGUGCAGCCGCGCUCGCUCAACGUCGCGCCAGGUUUCUCGCUCAAGUUCUAGCCGGCUCUAUUAUAGUCUCCACCCGCGCCGUGCUCUCAGACGGAAAGCUGAUAUUUUUAACGCACUUAGCCAAGCCCUGUUCGCACUAGUCGAGUAAUUUAGUCGAAUGGCGAGUAAUUUUGUAGCUACGUGUCCGAACACCAAAAAUUUUGCCAGUUCGCGCGCUCCGACUCCGACGACGCUCCACUGCUUCCACGUGCAACAGCGCUCGCUCAACUUCGCGCCAGGUUUCUCGCUCAAGGUCUAGCCGGCUCUUGCCUCCAUCCGCGCCGUGCUCGCCGACGGAACUAAGCUAAACGCACUAAAUCACUCGACUAGCCUCGUUCGCAAUUUUGUAGCUACAUGUCCGAAUACCAAAAAUUUAGUGGAGCAGGUUACUAAUUCGUUUAGUCGAGCCAAGCCACCACGCGUCCCUGGUCACUCGCUCACCGGCUAAACGAGUUCGAACCGGGCGGUUUAGUAGAG